AUGGCAAAAACAGCUGGGACAACGGUAAAUUGUCAGUUAGCAGGAACAUAUGAACGUAUCUGCGGGCACAAAGGAUACUCCUACGACUACUAUCAGGUCAAUGAACGGAUUCGUUCCAAUACGACAACUGCAAAUACGCCUAAGGGCAUGGUGGGAUUAAAGGCGAAGCGUGUCUGGUCUCGUGGCCGGGUACACCCUGAUAUCAUGAACGAAAUUGGGUUUGAAGAUUGUGACUGGAUUUCACAUGAAAUCGAUUUCAAAUUUUGGGAGAGACUGCGUGAUUAUCAGCUGGAGUUUCAUAUUCCAUGUCGAGAACGUGUUUCGCAUCUGAUGUCGGAGUGCAAUUUUAAGGAUAUCAUUUUCAAUUGCGACUCUUCGGAUCUCAGGAAGGAAAUUAGAAGCUGCGACUUGAAGACAAAUGUACGGUUCUCCUACGAAUUAAUGAACUAUUCCAAACGGCCGAUAAAGUGUUUCAAUGCGAUCCCAAUCGAUCCAUAUUUGAGUUACAUGGGCAACAUUCUGCAACCACGACGACACCCUGUGAAGAAUUUCGCGCUUCGUUCCACCAACAAGGACAGAAACAAGAGUGACGAAUGCAUUUGGAAACCAGAAUAUACAGAUGUGAAGAGCAGGGUAGAAGCUCAUCUGACAGAGAUGUAUGACUAUUAUCGCUUCUGCGACUCCUGCAUAGGAUCAGAAAAUGACCUAUUGAAUUAA